AUGGAGAGCACUACUGUGCGUUUUGAGUGGACUGUCCGUGAUCUUGCCGAGUUGUUUGACAAUAGCAAGGGAGAGAUAAAGUCGAAGGUGACAAAGUCUGCCAAGUUUGGUGGCGGUCGCUGGCAGAUCCUUUUCUAUCCCAACGCGGGUAUUGUCAAUGCAGAUGGCCAAGGUUUCGUGAGUCUGUAUCUUGCGUGUGAACCUACGGCAGAAGAGAAAGAUAACGCAGUGAACGGCAAAAGAUGGGUCCGAGAAGGUGUUUAUAAGUUUGGGUUUGAGCUGCGCAAUCCUUCGAGGACAAUUCUUUUCAACAACAAGGAGGCAAACGACCAUUCUUUCUCAUGGAAGACUGUGAACUGGGGAUGGGCUCAGUUUGCCCGAAGAGAUACUGUAUUCUACCAAGCAAGUUCAGUCCGUCAAGCGGAUGCUAUGCUGAUUACCUGUACGAUCACCUCGUCGCCGGUGCCACCAGUGCCUCCACCGGCCAUUCCAAGACAACCUGUGCCAAAGGACCUGUUGGACGCGAUGGGCAGCCUUCUGGACGACCCCGCAUACUCUGACGUGGAAUUCGUUUUGCCGAGAAGACGAAGGAAGGGCGUUAGAAUAAUCUACGCUGCGGGACGAUUACUGCGGAGGGUUGACUACUUCGACACUAUGUUCCAUUCUGGAUUCGCGGAAGGAAUGCGCCUGGAACCACUACCGGCAGACCUAGAUGAAGAUUUAGGUGGUAGCCUCCCCCACCGUUUUCAGGACUCGGAUGACGAAGAUGAUAAUGAUGACCUCGUCAUGGCCGAUGACACGGAAAUUCAGCUGCCACGGUCGGAAACAGAGAAGGUAGAUGUGCAAGGAGACUCAGGCGGUUGGGUUAACAUGGAGGAUGACCGCUUCGGCGUCCGUUCAGACUCUCACGAAGUAGCAGAGCAGCGCGAUACUGCCAGAGUCCGUGUCGUGGUGAGGGAUGUUGCGUACAGCACGUACCGAGCCGCCCUCUAUUAUAUCUAUACGGAUACCAUCGUCUUUGCUCCACUCGCUUCUUCUUUCACGAAUCACGGCUACUUCAGCCCUAUGCCUCCAGCUCUCAAGCAGCCUCGGUCGAUUGGUUUGUCCACUCCAGCAGCGACGGCACCAGAGACGCAGGGUAUUUUUCAGCUCGGUCACACCCAGAAGUCCUCGCUAUCAUUAGACAUAGCGCCAGGCCAUCCGUCUUCUCGGAAAGAGUGGAUCGCUGAAUGGGAGAAAAACAAUCCUGGAAGACCGCGACCCUGCUCUGCAAAGGCAGUAUACCGCCUAGCUGACAGUGGGUUGUUAGCGUGCGUUGUUUCUAGGCAUGUACUCACUGAUACCUUCGUAGAGCUUGAUUUGCAGGAAUUAAAGGACCGGGCAUUCCAGCACAUUAUCAAGUCACUCGCUGUAGAUAAUGUUGCGUACGAAGUGUUUUCUGAUUUCUCCGCUGCGUUUGAGGACGUUCGGAAGGUGGAAGUGCAGUUCUUCCUGGACCACUGGGCUGACAUCCGGAGCUCCGAUGCUAUGCGCAAUGUCUGGCAGCAGAUCAGAGUCGGCCGCCACCCUGGUUUCGAAGAAGUCUGGCCCUUAAUUGCGGGAAAUCUGGAGUUCAAGCCACUCAGCAAGGCUGAUACCACAAAGGAAGGGGAAGGGAUGUAA